CCGCCCGCCCAGGAGCCGCACGCGUGCCGGGAACGUGCCCGCAGCCCCAUGGAGCCCGACGGCGCGCAGACCACAAAUCAGACGCAAGCAGAAUCUCUUUCUCCAUCUCCCAACACUGUGUCACCAGUGCCUUUAAGUAAUCCAACCAGUGCCCCAAGGUUUGGAACGGUUAUUCCUAAUCGGAUCUUUGUAGGAGGAAUUGAUUUUAAGACUAACGAAAAUGACCUAAGGAAGUUUUUUGCCCAGUAUGGCUGUGUGAAAGAGGUGAAGAUAGUAAAUGACAGAGCUGGAGUAUCAAAGGGGUAUGGCUUCAUCACUUUCGAAACCCAAGAAGAUGCACAGAAGAUUUUACAAGAGGCUGAAAAACUUAAUUAUAAAGAUAAGAAAUUGAAUAUUGGUCCAGCUAUAAGAAAACAACAAAUAGGGAUUCCUCGAUCUAGUGUAAUGCCAGCAGCUGGAACAAUGUACCUAACUACUUCAACUGGAUAUCCUUAUACUUUCCAUAAUGGAGUGGCUUAUUUCCAUACGCCUGAAACUGCUUCUGUUCCACAAGCAUGGCCUUCACGCUCUGUUUCCAGUUCGCCAGUCAUGGUAGCUCAACCGGUUUAUCAGCCUCCUACAUAUCAUUAUCAGGCCCCAACACAGUGCCUUCCGAGUCAGUGGCAGUGGAAUGUUCCACAGUCUCCUGCCUCUUCAUCUUCAUUCUUUUAUCUGCCCCCAUCUGAAGUCAUUUAUCAGCCAAUAGAGAUUACCCAGGAAGGUGGAUGCAUGCCUGCCCCACUCUCUCUAGUGGAAACUGCAGUUCCUGAGCCAUAUUCUGAUCAUGGAGUUCAAGCAACUUAUCACCAGCUUUACGCCCAGAGUGCCAUAGCGAUGCCAGCACCUGUGAUUCAAACUGAGCCAGUUAAAACCUUGUGGAGCGUUCACUAUUAAGCCAUGUGGGCAGCUCUGGCCUACCCGUACUGAUUUUCUUGUCCAGUCCUUCCCAUGUGGCCGAGAUCCAUCAUCAACACACCAGUUAGCAGCUGCCUGUUGUGAAACGUAGGGAACCAAGAUUACAUUCUGUAAGAAGAAAUUUUUCUCUUCCUUCGUCUGAGUCUGAAACCUCCAUGUACAUGAAGUCCUCAUUUUCAUCCUAGAAAAGAUUUUAGAGUGGAAGAUAAUUCUUAUACCACCACCUUCUACAGAUUCAGUAAAGUAGAUUUUUAGCAUGAAUUUUGUCACAAGGAGGGUAUGUAGUUCCCUAGCUUCUAAAAUUUUCUUGGAUGUGCCUAAAUGGAAAUGUUACUGCUUUUCGUAGAGCGAUAAAGCGAAAUCUUGCGGUUUGGAUAGGUAAACACAUGAAAUGCAGGAUAAAAUCAUGGUUUCCUUUCUUAAUAAAAAACUCUACUGGACAAAAUUGUAAUUUGCGAUAUACAGUCUACUGUAUAUACAUUACUUUCUAAUGUAGGUUGAAAAACAGCAUACUGCUAAUAAAGGGAAAACAUGACAUUUCUCUUUUGGACUACAGAAAUUAAAAGAUCUGUUAGUUGCAAAAUAAAAAAAGCCACUUUUCCACAUACUGACAGCAUUUACUGGUUGUGCAUUCAAAAUUGGUUGUUGAAGUCUGUGCAUUCCUUUCUGUUCCACUCUAGUUUGUAUACUUUUAAUUCUGCUGUGUCAGAAUU